CACGGCACGAGAGCUUUCGUUUCGCUAGGACGCAUUACCAAUCCACACAACCUGACAAUACUGCCACCAGCUGCCUCUCGCCACCACUCCAUCGAUUCAAUUCUCGCGGAAAAGGCCUCCUCAACCACCACCCCGGGGGCGGGACCGACGAGGUGGUCUCCGCGAUGCUCCCGUCGCGGCGCCUCCUGCAGCAGAACACCGGCAACCCCGGCCGCAUCCCGGGCAUCCCCGCGGCCGACCCCCCCGCAGGCGUCAGCUCCGAUGUCGUUGUCAUCCUCGCCGCGCUCCUCUGCGCGCUCAUCUGCGUCGUCGGCCUCGCCGCCGUCGCCCGCUGCGCCCGCUCCCGCCGCAACUCCACCACUGGCGACAACGCCUCCUACCCGUCCGAAAGCCCGGCCCACGCCGCGGCGGGCUCGGGCGGCGGGACGCACGGCGGCUCUACCGCCAGCGUGACGACGACAACGACGACGACGAGCACCGCCAGCAGCAAGGGGCUGAAGAAGAAGGCGCUCAAGGCGCUGCCGAAGCUGGCGUACGCGGACGCGGUGGCCGCGGCGGCGGCGGCCAGGGGCGCCCUCCCCGCGGCGGGGGACGACGACGACGACGACGAAGAGGGGAGGAAGAAGAAGGCGGAGGAGAUCCUGUCCGAGUGCGCCAUCUGCCUGUCGGAAUUCGGCGAGCGGGAGGAGGUGCGCGUGAUGCCGCAGUGCGGCCACGGCUUCCACGUCGCCUGCGUCGACGCCUGGCUCCGAUCCAACUCGUCCUGCCCCUCCUGCCGCCGCCCCAUCGUGCUCCACGACCCCACGCCGCCGCCCAAGCGCUGCCGCAAGUGCGAGGACAUCAUCCUCGACGCCGUCGUCGCCGCCUCCGCCUCGUCCUCCUCGUCAUCCGCCGUCGUCAGCAGCCACCGCGGCCACCACGGCGGCCACGGCGGCGGGGGAUUCUUGCCGUAGUGGUGGUGGUAGCAGAGAGGCCGCGUGUGUCGCUGGCAGGUGGGGCCAGGUCGGUGCGAGUAGUUGAGCUGCUCCUUUCUGCCGCUGGCUCACAUGUCAGUAGUACUGCUGCAGUAAAGAAAUGGAACGCGGAAUAAUUUAGAGCUGCGAAAUGAAGUGUCAUUCUUUUCUGCACCUUUUCUUUUUUGGGUCCUGCACUUCUGCUCCAAUCUCUGUGGACGUGGGGGACAUGACAGCUUGUUGUAAAAACAUUUUGUACAAAGCGUGGCCUUGUGUAAAAGCUUAUUUGUACUUCCAUAGUGCCAUUACUAGUGCAUAGUUUGCUCACAAGAGGUAAAACAAUAUUUUAGAUGUGCGGCCUGGUCAAAUGAGAGCAAAAAGAAAUGGAUGUAU